CUGUCGCAGGACUCGCAGGAGACGUAAACUCAUCCAUAGCCGCGGCAGGUGCUCCAAUUCACUGUCAGGUCUUCCAUUUUCCACCUGCGGAGGUCGAGGGGCGAGGGGGCGGAGGCUGGCUGCUUCUGCUCAACCAAUCAGGCGCAACCUGAGCCCUUGUGUUUGGUAAACAGAGCAGGAAGAUGAGGUAGAGCACGAGGAUGCUGCGCCGGCUGGUCACCUUCGACGUGACCGGCACCUUGCUCAGGUUCGCACAGUCGCCAGGGGUGCUGUACGCCGGGGCGGCCGCCCAGCUCGGCCUCAGGGUCCACCCUGACAAGCUGCAGGCCGCCUUUCGACGCCAGUGGAAGCACAUGAACCUGGCCAAGCCCAACUUUGGACUCGGACAGGAGGGAUGGCGCCCCUGGUGGCAGGAGACGGUCAUCAGGACGUUCGUCGACGCCGGCGUCGACACCGACCACCAAACGCUUUUCUUCUUGGCCGACAAUUUAAUAAACCAGUUCUCAGACGCUUCGUGUUGGUCCGUGCGAGAAGGGGCUGCGCCGCUGCUGGAAGCGCUCAAUUCGAGGGGUGGCUUCACCCUGGGCGUCAUCUCCAACUGGGAUCCGCGUCUGCACGGCGUUCUGGACGCCACCCGACUGUCGCAAUACUUCCACUUCGUGUUGACGUCUUACGAGGCCGGCCACUCGAAGCCGGAGCGCCGCAUCUUCGACAAAGCCCUGCUGAUGGCCGGAAUCGAGGGGCUGGAGCCCCAGCACGCCCUUCACGUCGGCGACGACGUCCUCCUCGACGUCCAGGGCGCACGGGACGCCGGCUGGAAUGCCUGGCUGCUGCGCGACGACGUCAAAGGUGCGGCGGAAGGCUCGCUCGAACAACUCCGCCAGCACUUGCUGCCAAAUAGUACUGAAAUCAAAUGAGCAAAUUAGAUCUAAACUUGUGUAUUUAACAAAGAAAAGGGCCAGCUGGUUAGUGAAAAGAAUAAUUUUUAGAGAGUUUCUAAUAAAAUAAAGCCCUGACACGAAAUUUGAUGGCUGUUUGUGAUGUUAUUAGUGCUUUAAUAUAGUUGCUAGAAUGGAAUUUAUUGUCGAUAGAAUUUAAUUCUUGUUAUUCUUAAGAUGAUAUAUCACAAAACUUUUGAUAGAGAUGCCUCUUUUGCCGAUGCAUAUGUGAGAGAUAAUAUGUUAUUUGAAUAAAUUUGAUUUAAUUCGUUUGCCGUUGAAACUUAAAA